GCUACCAACAUGGUCAAGUCAAACAUAAAAUGCGAUGAUUCCGUCCAGCCUACAUUUUUCAAAAUGACCAAAGGGAAAAAGGAAUACAGGUACAUCAUCUUCAAAAUUGAGAACAACCAAGUUGUCGUCGAUAAAACUGGAGAUCGUGACAAAACWUUCCAAGACAUGAUARAMGAUCUUCCWACGAUGAAUGCUGCUCGAUAUGUCGUCUUCGACCUAACUUAUCGCACCAAAAGUGAAAAUCAGCUUCGAGAGAAGAUCGUCUUUCUGAGUUACUGUCCUAGCAGUGCUGAAACAAGAGACAAAAUGCUCCAUGGAAGCACAUAUCUCGAGCUGAAGAACAAGCUUGGAAGUUCUUUUAUUCGCUUGUCGAAGCAAUACGAUGAUCUUGUUGACAUAGAUGAAGAAGAUAUCAAGGGUGACAUGGCCACCAAAUCAUGGUAGACAUUUUGUAUAAAAGUGUGCAUGCAUGUAAGCUUGCAAUAUGAACACUUUCUUGCACACUAGAAUAUUACAGUAGAAAUAAUAUAAGAACAUUUGCAAAAAAAAUUAACACAAAAAUCUUAAAAGUAGUUUGCAUAUUAUCAUGUUCAAAGUAUUGUGGUGCAUCGCCACCAUGUGUUAGACAUUGUUUAUAAUAUAUACUUUAUGAUAACGUGUAUUAAGGAAACCAUUCAGUUUUUUUUAUCUUAGCUUUAUUGWUGUAUUUUAUAUUUCACUAAACUUACACAAAACAACUUUUGAUAAUUACAUGUAAUGUGCCURUAAAAAACAUCAAAUUUCACUAGAAAUAUUCACAAAUGUGGCUAUAAAUACGCUUGUAUUUGCUAUAAYUAUAUUUGYUUUUAUAUAAAUAAUAAACACAGUUUAUAAAUAUCAACAAUAUACUUUUUCCCGGGCC